AUGAACUCCAUCUUUCGCUUGCCAAACGAACUCACGUUUGCCAUUGUACAACAGCUCUCCAUCGUGGACGCCUUUGGGCUGAGCCAAACGUGUUGGCGCUUUCAGAACCUCUUUUGCGAUAACAGCAUCUGCCGCUCUCUCCUCGAGAGCCAAGCUGCUUUUUCCUCCGAGUUUCUCGAGGCAAAAGAGACGCAGCAGUACGCUCGCGCAUUCCGUCUGCUGGCUAAACGAAGACUCGCCAUAUCUAAUCUGGAGCCGUUUGCCACCGCCAUCAUUGCUGUAGCAGACUCCCAUCUUUACGUAAAUGGCACCCUACUCUACAUCAUUGAGCGUAAGCUGUUCAUCUUGCCGCUCCGUGGCAAUGCUCGCAGCGAGUAUGUGGUACACAUACGCAAGUUGCUGGAUCGAGCGGUCGACGAGUCCAGGGAUACGACAAAGUACAAGUUCAUACUGCUGCACUAUGCAGACGGCAUUGUGACAUGUCGCUACACGCACUGCCGGACCACCAAUGAGACCUGGCUGGUCGUCUUUAGCAUACGGGAACACUGGACGCGCAGCGUCCGGGUGCCCUUACCGACAAGGCUGUUUGCCCGCAGCAACAAGGACUACGUCAUCUUUGGCACCUACACCGGCCAAGGCGACGAUGGGCACCGACGAUGGGUCUUGCGGCGCUAUUCCAUUCGCGAGGAACGCCUCGUGGGAACGAGCAGGUAUCUAGACCGGGUCCUUGGCUCCGACAUUGGCGUCAAUGUGUAUUUUGACAUUAUCGGCGACUGUUUCUACGCCCUAUCCAACCAGACUAGCCUCGAGCUCAUGGUCGGAAUCACCGAUUCGUACUACUACUGCUGUCGCUUUCCGCUGUCGGAUAUGGAUGCCAUAACCGAGGCCACAUCCGAUUCGCUCUGGCGACGUCUGAAUGCCGAAGGCACCAUUGACGAGCGCUGGUCCUUUAUCCGCAUGGUCGCCGACGAGGAGACCGGCAGGCUGACCAUUCUCGAGUCGCGGAAAGAGUGGCGCUUCGGCAGCAGCGACAGUCGCCGAACAUAUUACACCCAGGAGGUCGUCUUCCCGACCAAGGAUGACGCUGUCCUGUCAUGCAGAACAGGUGGCCGCAUUGGUGCUGCGCUGGACGUCUUCUAUCAUGACGCCUCUAGCAGCUCAAGACCGGAUGGAUGGAGACGCCAAAACGACUUUCCCGACAUGGCAGACGUCGACCGGAAGCAGCACAUCCCCCGCAGGAGUCCAGAAAACGUACAUCCUGGCGAUGACUCGUCCAAGAUGAUGCCGUUUACGCCCAGCACCUGUCUGGUUCGCGCAUACUUUCCCACCUGCUCGACCUUUCUCGAUCUGGUAAACCUUCCGGCCGAGACCGAUCCGGCCGCAAGACGGCUGCGUCUCCGUGCUGGCAGUAGAAAACCGCGGUCUGCCUGCCCAAUGCUGCCCAGCCCGGACAGCCCAAGGGACGAGGCCGGCGAAGACGAAGAACAGCUAUACCCGCUGCGUGAAAUCGAGCAGCAGUUUGCCACGAUCGAGCCGACAACGUGGCCACCGGCCGUCCAGGGCCAACAGGCCUCGCGCAACCUCGUUCUCGACCGGAUCAUGAACCCCAAUGGCCACCAGGGCGAGGUUUCGGGCACGUGGGACGACCGGUCACUGCUCUACUCCAUCGAGGGCGAUGACAAAAUGCACGCCCUGGUGUUUAUCAGCUUCGAUGCCUCCGUCCGUCUGCCGCAUUUGCGGCCAUGGCACGACAGACCGGACAGGGCAGUGACCCGGUCUGCGGCCGUGUCAGUGUCCUCCUCUCCCGACUAUCGGCAGUAUAUCGACCUAUCCGACGACGACCCAACGCCCGAAGGGUUGCAGCCAGAUUGGCUUUCGUCAAACAACGUGCCCUUGUACAAAGACAUCGAUAUGGGAUAUCACUUUUUCUACUAA